AUUUCCAUAUUGCGUAUUACAUUUAUAUGUGUGAUCACGUAUUUAUAUGAUCACAGUGAUUCAAAUUUGAAUAUGAGCUUUAAUUCUCAUUCGAUGCGUAAAAUAAUCAAUAUUUCAAUGUGAGUUCUCUUAUGGUUUGCGAUUAUACGAAAAUAGAUGUUGCGGAAACUCCCUGCAUUUAUAUCAAAUCAGAAGUUGUAUCCUUAUAUAUUAAUUCGACACAAUAAGCAAUUACCCACUAUGACUGAUAUAAAACCUAAUAAAAUUGGUUUGCCAUUGGAAGAAGUUGUGGAUGCAUUACAAAAAUUUGCAAAUAUAUCUUUAGCUGAAUCUUGGGAUAAUGUUGGAUUACUGAUUGAACCCACAUCUCCAAAACAUGUAUCAAACAUUUUGUUAACAAACGACUUAACGGAAAAUGUCAUGAAUGAAGCACUAGGCCUGUCAACAGAUAUGAUAAUUUCGUAUCAUCCUCCAAUAUUUUUACCACUUAAAUCUAUAACCACAAGAACAUGGAAGGAACGUAUAAUCGCAAAAUGUUUAGAACAUAAAAUAGCUGUAUAUUCCCCACAUACUGCAUUUGAUUCAAUAAAGGGAGGUGUAAAUGACUGGUUGGCUUCAACUUUCAAUGAUGUGAUGGAUAGUUGUAAACCGAUACAACCUAGUGAGAAUGAAGAAAAUGGUAUGGGCCGUCUAUGUACUUUAAAAAAUCGAAUACAUAUUGAUGAAGCAGUACAUUUAGUAAAACAGCACACCAAGUUGAAAUUUUUGAAACUGGCUCAUGCUUUACAGUCAGAUGGCUUUAUCAAUUCUAUCGCCGUAUGUGCAGGAUCAGGAAUAAGUGUUUUAAAAAAUGUACAAGCCGAUUUAUAUCUUACAGGAGAAAUGCAACAUCACGAUGUACUUGAUGCAAUUCAUCGUGGAAUUCAUGUUAUUCUAACAAAUCAUUCUAAUUCUGAACGUGGUUUUCUAGAAACUUUUGCAUCAACGUUAUCGAAUACAUUAAAUAAUUCUGUAAAUAUUAAUGUAUCUAUUGUUGAUGCUGAUCCUUUGGAAAUCGUAUAAUUUAAAAUGUAUACUUCAUAAUACUACAUAAUAAUUUCAUAUUCCUUUUGGAUAACAAAUAUUAUAGUACAUUCAUAUCUUCUUGAAAUAUUUAUUUCAAAAGAGACAGAUAAACAUAUUGUCCAGUAUAAAGUAAAGAUUGAAGUAGUUAUGUAUUUCUACAUGUUGUACAUAUAAUAAUUUUUCGGAUUUUUCCUAUAAACCAAUUAUAUUAAGCUGUAUAAAAAAACAUUGCUUCACAAUACAUACUAGAAUGAAAUAUAUAUGUUAAUAAUACAAAAUACGUUUUGUGUAUUGGUAAGUAAUUUGGCAAAGUGAAUAAUAGAAAUUACUAUAGCUUAAAAGCUAUAAGCUUAAAAAGAAUAGAUAUGUUUUAUCCUGUUUCACAGCAUUUAUCAGACUACCUAAUAUCAAAUUUAAUUAUUACACUAAGAAAGUAACAAUGCCCAAAUUGAAUACGUCAUUAUGGAAUAUGUAAUAUUGAUAUGUAAUUGUAAGUAAAGGACAAUGAUAAAAUGGUUA